AUGAAGGCAUCAUCAAGGGACUUAUUCUCUUGGGCAAAAUCUAUAUUGAUCAAUCAUCUCAUUGCCUGCUUUUGGUAUUUCAUAGCAAAAUUCAAUGAAUUCGAUCCUGACACUUGGGUUGCCUAAGCGAACCUUGAAGAUGCAACUCUAUAUAACAAAUACAUUGCUGCCUUUGAAUGGAGUUUGCAGACUCUCACUACUGUGGGUUAUGGCGAUAUCAAGGCUACUACUAUUGAAGAACGAGUAUUUGCUAUAAUUUGGAUGAUCUUUGGAACUGGGUUCUUUUCAUAUACUUUGGGAAAAUUGUCAUCUAUUUUGGAGAACGUGGACAAAAAGUGGGUAGAUUUUGAGAGAAGAAUGCAUUUGUUUAAUGAUUUCUCAGUGAGAGUGAAAUUGCCAUAUGCUUUGAAAUGCAAAGUACACAAGUAUUAUAGAAAUAACUACUUGAAAAAUGUGUACUCUUCUCUCGAUCCUAAAAAAUUGAUUUAGGAACUCCCAUCUUAAAUUCGUAAUGAAUUGUUGAUGAUUUGCUAUAAGUAUUUGAUUGACAGUGUCUCCUUACUCAAGAUAGAUAAGAAUUUCACAGCCACCAUACUACCUCAUCUCAAUUUCUUAGAAGUCCAUCCUGGAGAGAUCAUAUAUAGACAGGACGACCCUCCAACAGACAUAUACUUUAUUGAAAAGGGGAAAGUCAAUUUUGUUACUCAUGACAAAUACACAUUGAUUACCCUUUUGGAAGCAUCAUUCUUUGGGGAAAUCGAAGCAUUUGAAGACAUCAACAGAGAAUAUUUUGCCAUUGCCAAAGAACCAACCAAUUUAUUCUUCUGUUCUUACGAUAUUUUUAGGAAUCUCCUUAAGGAAUUCCCCACUGUGGCUUCGGAAGUUAAAAUAAUUUAUGAUAAAAGGAAAUCCAAAUAUAAAACUUGUCUCUACAUGAUUGAAUUGCAGAGAAAACGAAACUCUGGAUCAGAUCCAAAAGAAGAACUACAAAAUAGUACUCAAUAUUAUUUGGGAUUGAUUGCUCAAUAUGAAGAAGAGCUUGGUUAACACGAAGAAGAAAAGCGUGCUCGAUUAAUUUUCUUUUAAGAAGAAAUAAUAAAAAAUGUCUGUGUUUCAAACAACUCAAAUGAAAUAUAAUUAAAUAAUAUAUAAUAAAUUAUGAAACAGCAAAAAAAGUUAGUGCUUCAUUUCGAUUUGAAUAAAACUAUACUGUUGGCGGAUUCCAAAUAUACAACUCAAACCAAAGAAGAAUGUUUGUAAGAAAUCCUGGUUGGAUAUGCAUGGGGUAAAUUAGAAUAGAGGGAUGAGAAAUCCCCAGUCCUAUGGAAAUUAUUAACAAACAACUUCACUCCAAUCAGACCCAGUGAAGAUAUGAUCUCUUAUAAGGAAUACAUAUGUUAAUAAUUUCCACUCAAAACUGAAGGAGAUCCAGAUGAUAUUACAGAAUAUAAUAACAGUGCCAUAGAAUAACGCAAGCAAUUAUAUUUUCAGUUUGUUAAAUUAGGAUAACCAUGUAUGAAGUUGAAACCGGAAUAUGACAGGAUUGUCAAAUUGAUUACUUUGCCAAAGGCUGUGAUUGAAGAGUUAAAGUAAUAAGCUGAAGAAUUUGGAUUCCUGAAUGAGGAUGAGGUCAAGUAACGAAAUCUAACUUAAUUGUUAUCGGACAAGGAUAUGCUCAAUAAUUUAUUUUCAGAUAAUAAAUAUCAAUUGUUGCCUACAUUUUAUAAGACAAUAAUCAAUUUGAAGAAAUAAAAGAGAGAAUUUGCAAUAGUAUUUCGACCAUUUGGAACAGAUCCAAAAAACAUUUUGAGAGAAUUUAAUAAAUUUUGUUUAGGAGAACAUCCAUGCUUCAGUGGUAGAAACAAUACUCCCAUAGUUAAAUUUGAUGGAUCAAAAGGAACUAAGAAUUAUAUUAUAUUGGAUAAACAAUGUGCCUUAGUUUAUAGACUAUAGAAAUAAUUAGUGACAGGAACUUUGAGAAGAACAGAUAAAUAACAAUUGGAAGAUGGAUAUGAAAAGGAAUUGGAAGAAGAAUAAGUCUAAAUAUACAAUGAAACUCAAAUGCUCUUAAAGAUUACAGAAUCAUUGAAGGAGAGUUGUGCUUUGUGUUAUGUUGAUGAUUAUCAGUUUUAUUAAGCAUAACCAAGUGAAUAGAAUGCUAAAUAAUUGUAUGUUGAUUAAUAAGAUCCUGAUACACUUCACAUAUUUUUUGAUGAUGGAAUUCAAGAAAAUGAAAAUAACUUAGUUUAAGUUACAGACUGUGUGACAUUGGAAGAUCUAAGCAGAAAGAAGUGUUUGAAUAAGUACUUAGUACAUGUGGACAUUUUGGAUGUUAUCAAAGAUCCUGAUUACUUCAUAAAACAAAUUGAAAUAUGUGAAAGAAACAGAAAUGAUGAAAUUGAAAGAAUAGAAAAAGGAAUCCCUGAAGAAUAAGCUGAGAUACCCAAGAAGAGUGAUUGGGAAUUGUUGGAAGAAUGCUCUGAUGCUGAUUAUCUACGUAAGACAAUCCUGCCAUUGUUGAUGCCUGCCUUAUAAUUAGUAGACAUUGAGAGACCUAAAGAUCCUCUUGAAUUCAUCGCCAUGUAUUGUUUAAAGAACAAAGAGAUGGUUAAAAUUCCAUAACCCCCUGAAUAAUAAGAAUGAAAUAGUUCUAAUUUUAUAUUAUUAUAAAACAUCAAAGCAAUUUAAUUAA